AUGGGAAAGAUCCAAGAUAGUGAUGGAGAAUUUUUACUUAUUGAAGCCGCUGAAUAUGUGCCCAAAUGGUUAAAUCCAGAUACAAGUGAAAAUCGAAUUUUUAUAUAUCAAGGAUCAGUGCACAUUAUUCCCAUUGCAUCUAAUCCUUCUGAAAUUACUCCCAUUCCCAGUGGUGUUCCAUCAAUAUCAAGUGCUGUCUCAGCUGUUAGGCAGUUUUCUUCAGUUACUAAAGCUUCAACUUCUAUUCAGCAAGCUAUCAAAAGUCGAAUCGAAGGUUAUCCACAUAAAAUAGAUGAAAAUAAGCAUAGAGCUCACUGUUAUGUUCCUUGUGCUGUUGCUGCUAUUUUAAAAGAAGAUCCAAAUCUCUUACCUGCUGCUGUAAAAGCUUUUUAUCUGAGAGAUCCUAUAGAUUUAAAAGCAUGCAGAGCAAUGAAAUAUUUUGCUCCAGAAACCAGAGUUAUGACUGAGGUGGUUUUUACCAAAUGCUUAUAUGCUCAAAUAGCUAGUCAGAAGUAUGAGCCAGAUAAAAGAACUGGCUGGAAUUUGCCUGCUGUAAAUAGUCCAGAAAUGAAAGCUCAUGAUUUGGGUAUGAAGUUAGUAAGUUAA